CCAGCAGUACGCUCGCAGCCAGCAGUCGUGCGUACACCCCCAUUCUCCACACCACCCUGCCGUUCCUUCUCAUACCUGCCGCCAUCUUCUCAGAGAAAUGUGCUACUUCACCAAUCAUUUCUGUCUGAGUGGUUGUGAGCUCUCUAAUAGCAUCAGUGAAAGCCUCAUCCUGAGGUUAAGCAGCAUGUGACCGGACUCAGCGCGGAAGGAGGAGUCUCUGUCGGAAAAGACUUUUAAGGCCUUGAAAGCAUGACAGACCGUUUUCCAGGCCUUUUCUUUUUUCUUUCACACCGGCUGCGAUGUGGUGUGUCGCCAUGGUUUUUAUGCUCUUUUGGGAGCCGGGGCUGCAGCAGUUCCCGCGCCCCUGUGCCACCCGCCAGGCUCUGCUGGCCAAGGAGUGCUGCCCACCUUGGGAUGGGGACGGCUCGGCGUGCGGGGCCAGCUCCGGUCGAGGUUUCUGUCGGGAUGUGGUGGUACCGGACGCACCAGAUGGGACGCAGUAUCCUUUCAGGGGGGUGGACGACCGGGAGAGGUGGCCCCUGGUGUUCUACAACCGAACCUGCCAGUGCAUGGGCAACUUCAUGGGGUUCAGCUGUGCCGACUGCAAGUUUGGCUACUACGGGGUGAACUGCCUUGAAAGGAGGGAAUCCCUCCGGAGGAACGUGUUCCACUUGACCCGAACCGAGAGAAUGCAGCUGGUGUCCUACCUCAACCUGGCCAAGCAGACGCCGAGCAGCGACUACGUGGUCGCCACGGGAACCUACCGGGAGAUGGAGAAUGGCUCCAACCCCACCUUUGCCAAUGUUUCCGUGUACGACAUCUUCGUGUGGAUGCACUACUAUGUGUCCCGAGACACGCUGCUCGGCGGGGCGGGAAAUGUGUGGGUGGACGUAGACUUUGCCCACUGGGCGCCCGGGUUCCUUCCGUGGCACCGUGUCUACCUGCUGCAAUGGGAGCGGGAGAUCAGGAAGAUCACCGGGGAUGACAGCUUCUCUAUCCCCUUCUGGGACUGGAGGGAUGCACGGGGGUGCGACGUGUGCACUGAUCAGCUUAUGGGGGAGCAAAACCCCCGGGACCCCACUCUGCUUAGUCCCGGCUCUGUCUUCUCCUCCUGGAGGUCGCUGUGUUCCCAAGCGCAGGACUACAACGCUCGCGGCGUUCUGUGCGACGCCCGAGCCGAGGGCCCUCUUCGGCGUAACCCCGGCAACCAUGACCACAGCCGGGUGCCGCGUCUGCCCACCUCCGCCGAGGUUGCCUUCACCCUCAGCUUGGCCAACUAUGACACGGGCGCCAUGGAUCGCACCGCCAAUAUGAGCUUCCGGAACACCAUGGAAGGAUUUGGGGACCCUCAGACGGGCUUAGGCAGCAGCACUCGUAUGGGCAUGCAUGCUGCUCUGCAUAUCUUCAUGAACGGAUCCAUGUCCUCUGUGCAGGGCUCAGCGAACGACCCCAUUUUUCUCCUGCACCACUCCUUUGUGGACAGUCUCUAUGAAGAGUGGCUCAGGAGGCACAGGCCCAACCCGUCGCAGUACCCAACUUCGAACGCCCCCAUUGGACACAACGGCGAGUACCACAUGGUUCCCUUCCUGCCUCUGCACACUAACAGAGAGUACUUUAUAACCAGCAAAGAGUUGGGGUACGAGUACUCACGCCUGCUGGCUACCAACCAGCUUCUGUCCGACUCCUUGCGUCCCUACAUGGAGGAUUUGCAUGCCAUGUGGCCAUGGCUGCUGCUCGCCAGCCUCUGCGGCGCAGUUGCGGCGCUGGGAGUGCCCGCCGCCGCAGUUUACAUCAAACGCCGUGUCCCGGCGUGGCCACGGCUCCGGAAAAGGUUAUUCCUGUCCCCAACCUUUAGGGAAACUCAGCCUCUUCUCAAGAGAGAUAAAGAAAACAAACUCCGCGGCUACACAGCAGCCAUGUGAUGAUGCACCAUUAGGUAGCCAUGCACUCGUUCUUCAACGUGUCCCAUGUUACAAUAAAGACCUUUUUUCUUGCAAAAGUAA